GGCCGCCCCGCGGUUGCCAUGGUUACCGCGCACCCGGAAGUGCCGUGAGGGGGAGGCCGCGGCCGCCCCGGCCCCCCCCUGAGGCCGCCCCCGGCCAUGGCCCGAGGGGCAGGAGAGGCGGCCGCGGAGGGGCAGCUGGGAGAUGACAGCCUGUCCGUGAUAACCUGUGAAUCAGAUGCAGAAAUGAGGUUAAAGAAGAGAAUUUUUCACAAGCCUCCGAAGUCACCAAAGUCUCCGUACAGCUCUAGCACACAACUGUAUCCUAAAAAAACUGCCGUUUGGAGAUCUCUGCAGGGAACAGGCAGUGCAUGUUUUGAGAAUGCAGCUGUAAAAAACCCAAGGCAGAUGUGGCUGGGAUCACUGAAACAAGGAGUGAGCCACCCCCUGAAAUCAGAUGUUGACGUGGGGCAUGCGCGAUCUAGUGUUUCUAGUAGCACUCCGGAGUAUUUGAAGGAGGCUCUAGGAAUGAAGAAGCCAAAACACUCCCGUUCUUCUAGUAAUGGCUACAUUCCUGGAACUCCUGACUACAAAGAAAAAGAAGAUAUGUAUGAUGAAAUAAUAGAACUUAAAAAGACAAUACAAGCUCAGAAAAAUGAAGGAGAUCGAAUGAAAACUAAGCUCCGUCGACUAGAAGAAGAGAAUAACAGAAAGGAUAAACGGAUUGAGCAACUGUUGGAUCCUUCCAAGUGCUCUGAGCUGGCACGAGCUUUGUCAGAAAAGAAGUCUGACAAUGGAUGGGUGGUUAGUGGAUUAAAGCAGAAGGUUCUCAAGCUAGAACAACAGUGCAAGGAGAAAGACAAUGCUAUCAACAAAUUCCAGUCAGACCUGAAGACCAAUAAUUUGGAAGAAAUGAGGAUAGCUAUGGAAACCUACUAUGAAGAGGUUCACCGUCUCCAAGUCCUCCUGGCAAAAUCUGAAACUAUGAGGAAAAAUACAGAGGGCAAAGAUACCCAAAAACGACUAAAGGCAUUGAACGCUGCUGUCCUGAGAUUAUCCCGGAACAUCAAAGAAUUACAGAAUGAGAAUCGGAGUCUGAAAGAAGAUCUAGAUCACGUAGUGAGCACUUCUCUUGCAUCCAAUAUAACAAAAAAUUACAAUGAAUGGAGCAAGCAGAGGCUGAUGAGGCGGAUUAUGGAACUAGAAAAGAAACUAGGUGCCAUGGAGAACACCCGGGUAUCACCAGCAGAUAGCGAGUCAUCACAGUUACUUGCUGUGUCAUCUUCACCUUCUGCAGACCUGGAUCAUCCAGCCUCUCAACAGGUAGACCACGUUAAAGAAUGCCAUCACCUCCGAGGGCUGGUGAAGAAACUGAAGAGUGAUAGGAGAGCACUUCAAAAUCUCCUACUUAGUAAAGAAUUAGAUAUCAAGCAGUUGCUGCAGGCAAAGGCUGAAGUGGAGUUGGAGCUGCAGAAGUGGCAGAAUAAGAAAGAAGAAAAAAGUAUGGAAGAACAGACUUCAAGUGAGGAAAUCCAGGUCCUUACACAGAAAGUUGGGAAAUCAGAGGCAACACUGGAGGAAGAGAAGAGUGAAAUGGCAGAAGAUACAAUGGAAAAGCUUAAUAAGUCCUCACCAGUCUGCACAGUUAAAGGCGAAGAAGAUCACAGGAAGGAACAAGCAGCCAAAUGCAUUCAGAGGUCGUGGAAGUUGUACCAAAACAAGAAAGAAGAUAUUGCUCUGGAUGAGGCGGUUGUUGUGCUUCAGGCAGCUUUCAGAGGACAUUUAGCUCGACAGAAACUGUUACUGAGUAGUGGGGUGCAUGAUGCAAAACCUCACAACAGGCAUAGCCUUGGAAAAACGAACUCCUGUAUGUCUCGUGUGUCAAACUCUUUGAGCUCAUCUUCUGACUGGGAGGAAAAAGAGGAGACUGUGACAUUCAUCCAGUCCAUUUUCAGGGCUCACUUAGCACGUGCAGUACUGCUUGAGGAGAGACCCUCUGUGUCCAGUGCAACAAGUGAGAAAGCAGAUUCUGCUGUCUAUGUUACAGAGAAGAAGCCAGUCUCAGCAGCACUCCAGAGAACUCCUUCAGUCAUCAUGUCACCUCUUCUUGCCAGGUCUUCUGAGAAGCAAUCGCAGCCCACUCUCUCUCUGUCUGUGGAUGAAGCUCACUCAGAUGAUUCAGAUGAUAUUGUCAUCGUUUCUCCAUUGUUACAGAUGAAGAAAAACCCCACCUACUUUUGUAAUGGGCCCCGAUGAUCUUGAAUUAUUUGAUUCACAAACAAAAAUAUUUCCAAGAAGGUAAAGCAUAUCAAAGAUGAAAAGGAGGAGUAUUAGCCUACAGUUGUCAUUAUUUCAGAUGUAAAUGAAUAAUUGUUUGGUACGUCUGACUACAUGGCUAAAAGCUGCUGACUGACCGUUAUGUUUAUCCUUCUGGUACAGAGAGUUUGAAUUUUAAAAAAGACUAAAACAAAGCAAUGUUUUGUCUCACAGAUUCAAUUAUCAAUUUUAAAUGAAAGCAGUAAAGACUUAAAAUAUUUCAUGUCAAACAAAGUCUUGUUUCAGGUUGGCUGAAAUACUUUGUUUAAUCAGAAUGUGAAAAAUAACUUGGCUCCAAUUUUCAGCUUGUGUAUGUGAAGGGGAACAGCUUGUAUUUGCUACAAGGUCCUCUCUAUUUAAAAUUUUUAUAGUGUCAUAUUGUAAUGUUUUUGGUGUUUUUUUUUUUUUUUGCUUUUUACACUAAACAUUUAAAGUCUAUGCAGACCAAUAUAGUCUUCUAGGAAAUCACUUCUGUGUCAUAGGACUACUCUAGGCCUACUGUAGCUGCAUGGUUUCCUUAUUUAUUGCUUUUUCCAAAUGUGUUUGCUAUAAUAUGUAUAGCACUGUUUUGUAUUUGAAAUGUCUAAUCACGUAAUCACUUUUUUUAUAUGUCAAAGAAGGGUGUAAUAGCAGGAGUGUUCUGUGAAGGAUGCCUUUUUCUGCUUACGUAUCAGUGAGUGGAGUAUGCAGGGUCAUCUCUAGUAAGUGCAAACAUUUGACAUAGAAGAUACGUUGAUUUAUGUUCUGUUUUAGUUUACAUCACUUGACUGAAACUUUGACUAGCUAGAUUGCUCAUACACUGAGCAUUAAGGGAUUUUAAGUCUAAUUUUGCUCUGCUGUUGUUGAUCUCUCUUCUCAGCAGUACUUUUGUGUGCAUGCAUAUCAGCAGUAUAUGCUGCAAGUGCACUGUGAGACCAGUCGCAGGCUGGGAGAGGGGUCACAAGAGACAGCCGUCUUCUGUCAUCAGGUAAAGCUAUGAGGCUUACUGCUGGAAAGCAUGGGCACUACCCGCUCUGUUCUGAGGGACGUGGAUUGGGAUGAGCGACAUAUUCAGACCCACGUAGCCUGAACAGAAGCAGUAGGUUGGCUUAUAAUAGAUAACAAGACUACAUCCAGAAAUAACACUAAUUGACAAUAUCUUUAGCAGGCUCCAUGAAAGGACCAAUGACAUAAUAGACUGUGGACAAUAUGGUCAGAGGAGUCUUUCCAAAUCUUUUACACAAACUGUACCUCUUCUUGCUGGGAGGAGGAGCUUUUAGUCCGGACUAUUGUUCCAACACCCUUCAAAGGCAUGAAAAUGCCUUUUUAUGAAAGGUGAACUGGGUAAAUUAUGUGAUAUUUACUGGAAGUAGAAUUUCAUUUUGCAAACAGCAAAGUUUUUGUAGAGACCCUAAUGGUUCUUUGUCAUCAAGGAGUAAUAAAGUCACCUGUAAACAGAAAGCAUGCUUUUAAAUAGAAGAUUUUUAUCACCUUUUCCCUCUUCUUUUUUUAAAUUAAAAAUCAGUCACCGCUGUUUUGCAGAAUACUAAUAAGCCAGAGCUGUCUCAGUUCUCUGAUUUCAAUGAAGCGCUAUCUGAGCUUAUCAUAGUUCAUGCCAAUACUUGCAGCCAAAGGAAACUGGAUGGCUGCAGCACAAUGCAGCUGAUUUCAUUUAAUCCCAUCAGUGGAAAUGCUGCCUUUGCUUUUUCCAAAGGCAAUUUUGGGAGCUCUCCAUACCCAAAGCAGUCUGAAGAAUGUCAUUUAUACUUGUGUUGGGUAAAUUUUUCCUGCUGGUAGUUUGGUCACAUGACUGUCAUCUGCAGCAAGGAUAAAUAUAUAUAAAAUAAAAGGGAUAAAAUCCUCUUGGUAGAAGCUUAGACUGUUUCCCUCUUUUUCUGAAAGUCAGGUUAUAAAAAAGUAAUUUUGCUAAAUAGAAGCAGAGCUGUAUUGAGUUGCUUAUGUAUAAUAUUUCAAGUCUGUAACUGUGACUCUGUCAUGGAUACCUCCAGAGAGAGUAACUAGAGCUGAGAACUCUGACACAUCGAGGAGAGAGUAUGUAGUGUACAUCAGGACCGAGACUGAUAUAAAAUACCUACCUAACUGUUACCCUUUAGGGAAAUACUUGGACAGCAAAUAUGAUGAAGAUGACAUUUACUUUACUGUACCAUAACAAAGAACAAAUAUGAAAGUAUCAGGAAGUAGAUACAGAGUAGAAAAACUUGUGUUUUAACUGGGCAUACGACUAGCAGUAGAAUAGCUGAGUUCCAGGAUAAAGGAGAGAGAGUUGCUUGGUGUGACCCAAAGUCGUAGACAGACAGAAGGGUGAAAAGGAGCAAACACCUUCUGAAGUUAAUGAAAAUGUCUCUAGAGCUUCCUAAAUUCAAUUCUAUCUGAUCACCAUUAAAAAUAAAUAAAUCUGAUACCUAAUUGGGCAGGCUUCAAACACAUAACUUUGUUUGAAAGAUAACUAUAUGCUCACAGGAUAUAGAAAGUUUGGUUUAGUACACUAGAAAGAGAAACCUCUGCAGCAUUAAUAGCCUUUAAUGUUUUUUCAUUAUAUGCUGUAAUGGAAUGUGUUGAAAGGAGUAUUAAUUGACACUGUAGGUUUCAUUCUGUGGCUGAAUGCCAGCCCUUGUAAAUCUGGGAAAAGGUGUGGAGCAACGAAGGAAGAAAAAGUUAAUUUCAGAGGAAAUGGCAUUUUUCUUUUCUUUAAGUCAACAGAAAGCUGAGGACAGUAAAAAUCUGCGUGGCUGAAACCAGACAAGAUAGGCCCUAUAAAAACACUCAGCUUCAUUUAAAAAAAAAAAAAAAGUUUUCUGUACAAAGUACUGGUAACCUUGUGGGGGCAUCAAGGUCCUGAAUUAAAAUUAAAUUCCACUGUAAGUUACCUAUUAGUGCACUUUCCAUCCUGCUGAUACACAAGUUCUACGUGGGAUAAUGCUGCCUACUUAAAACCUUUUGCAGUUUACCUACUGUUUAGUUAGGAAUCACGUGUGAAUAUAGGGACCUGACUUUCAUGGGAUGUGAUCUCUCUUGAUCUUUUUCUGUCCUUAAGUGCCUAUGCCUGUAAAUUUUUAUUACACCAUCAAGACCUGAAAAAUAUAAUGUUUCCUACGUAGUUAUACAAAUAAUCCCUACACAGGCAACUUUUUAUACAGUUGUAAUGGAGAAGUAUCAAGCUUGGCAUAUAUGAGAAAGCCAUUGAUUUUUAUGAUCGUUUUAAUAAUUAGAACUGUGCAAAUCUUGUACGUAAGUUACUUUGGGAUCUUUUAAAAGUUGAAAUAUUUGCAGUGUAUUUUCUCCUGACUAUUGAACUUUCAAAUUAAGUUCAAGCUUGUAAAUUAAUUGUUCGUGCAUUCCUGCUGCAGUUGCUGUGUUUGUAUUGCUACUCCAGCCUCCGCUGCUUGCUCCUGUUGUUUUCACUUUGCACCUAGGUUGACCUAUUACCUCAGGCCGUUUUGCUGAGCCAGUCCUGAGUAGUCCAGUCUCCUCCAUUCUGCAAGACAAGUAAUGAGGCUAGUAAAAAGUUAACUCUUAAACACGUAGGGUGUGAAUUUCUUCUUAAUACAUGUUCAAAGUCUUCCCAUCAGUAGGAUGAACAAUGCUCUUGACCAAAGCCUAGUGCAAUUGCCAGCAGUGAUGGGCUUUUGCUUUCAGUCUUGGUUUCUGGUGUUUGAUUCAAGAGAGGAAAUCUGUCACGUGUUUCUAAAACUAGAAGCCAUACCACUGCCUCAAAUAUGUGUGGCUUUGUGCAGAGUACAGCAAGUUUCGUUUAUGUCUGUUCAUUUGUUUUGCUGCUUGCUUGUUGGUUGUAACAGUCGUAGCGACCAGUUACUAAACCAGUGAAAUGGGGGUAAUAAAGUAAUAAUAAAAAAAAUAUUGUGAUGACUGUUCCAAUUUAUCUGCCAGGAGGAGUGGAGGGGGAACAGAUGUGCAUAAGGCGCAUUGGCUGUUGCUUAUAUGUGGCCUUUAGCAUUCAUUCUGUCCUCACUGUGCUUGAAGGAAUAGCCUUGAACAGCAAGUGUUGCUAUGUUCUUGUUAACUAUACUCCGUUGUAUUCCACUGAUUAAGUUGUACCCUGCUCCUCUUGCCCUUUCCACUGUCUGGCUGUCCUAAUGACUUUUUUAAAAUCUGAGAGCAUAUGUAUUCUACAUCUGUUCUGAUCUCCAGGAAAGUGUUCAUGUUGUUCCCCUCACUGGGGCUCUGUAUAAACAAAACUUCCUCCCUCAAGAUGUUGCUCAUAUUGUAACAGCUCCCCUACUAUUUGGUAGAUUUUUUGCCAAUGUGCCUCAAAAGACACUUCACACUGGGUAUCACGUAAGCCCCUUUAGGGCUUCUAUUCUUGGUAGUAUGAACAGAUGUGUCAUAAAAUCUUGAUGCCCAAAAUGAUCUGAAAAGAACCAGGAGGGACAUCAUGCCUGUUGUAAGGGGCUGUCUUAUCUUUCUCGCUAUCAGCCAGAUCAUAUCACACCUGAGUCUUGCUCUUCUGCCCCACCUCGGUUUAUCCGUUCUGCAGAAUGAUUUUCUGUUUCAGUAGUGCAGUGGAGCUUGCACGUCUUUCCUGUAAUAUAAAUUUAGCAAUAAUAUGCUGUAAAAUCUGCCAUUUGAUUACAGUGCAGCUGUUUAAAAAAAAAAAAAAGCUAUGCUUAAAUGGCCUCUAGUUGUCUGCAUAGAAAAUGAGAAUAGCAUUAAAUAAACUGGAGGAUUGACCAUGAAUGCUUGCAAUUCAAGUUGUAACAUCCUGUACAAACAUUAGUUUAGCAUUGUCAUUAUCUAGCAAUGAUCCUUAUUUAUAUCUCACACAAAUUAUGGCAGAGCCUAUUUAUCUAACCUGGAAAUAUUUCCUAAACAGGCUCUCUGUAACUUACAUGAAGUUGUCAGUUUCUUCCCCCUCUUGGCAGAUACUUAAUAGCCAGGUAUAGCAUUUCUAUGCUAGUAAACCUUCAUUAUUAUACAAAAUGUACUAGAAUGUUAUGAAGAAAUAUCUUAAAUAAUUAAACAGAAACUGACAAAACAAAGUGCAAUUUGAGCUGUGUUAUUCUUUCUUUUUUAUAUUCACUUGCUUGCUAAUUUGCUGAACUUACCAAACUGCACUGGGUCUCACUGUGAUUAGAGAGAAUUUGCCAAGUUCCUUUGUAAUUGUUUCUUUGCAAUUAACUAAAUAAUAGAAUGUUCUGUGUGUAGCUCUCUGGGGAAAGGAAAGGAGCGGGCAGGUGCAAUAGGAUUUCCACAUCUUCCACCCAUUUCCCUCAAUCUCAUGAAGUAUAAAAAGGCCAGUAGAACAUGAGAGAAAGGGAGUAUUGCCUCAGGACUGGAAAUGACAGAAUUAACCUUUUCAUACGAUUUCUUUGAGUUUGCUUAAAGCUUUUUAUGUUGGCUCUGGUUGUGGCUAUUCUUUGUUUAAACCCAGAAGUCCCUAGGAGGACUUCAGAGGAAAGUAAUGAAGAUCCAAAUGUACAUUCCAGUCUCCACUCUGGGGAAAUAGCUCAAGCUGGGAGGAGAACUCAGCUGGGAAGAGUGAAGGCUGUGGACUGAGCUGUCGAGGGGGCAGUGAAAUCUGAGGGGGGCUGCAGAGUAGCCCUGGCUUUAUUUCCUUUGACUUUCUGUAGAAAAAUACAGAGGAAGCCCUUGGAAGGAGAGGAAGGGUAAUGUUGAUCGAGGCACAGUCUAGCUCAGUGGGAAGGAGGCAUGACUUGAUGUAAGGGCAGAGCUUACGGAGCAGCAGAGGCAAGCAGGGCUGAGGUGUUGUUUAACAGUGGCAGCCGAGUGCUGAGACAUGUUUGUCUUGCUGACCUCCCUCUGACUGCCCGUAAUUUAGCCCAUGGUCUCGAGAGGGUAACUCAUCCAUCUGCUGGCAUUUGAAAUUCAAACUUCUUUUUUUUAAACUGCAUUGUUGGUUAAAACCUUUCAUAACACGUAUUAGGUCUGACAGUCAGGGGAAGACUCCUCGCUUCACGGUAUAUUAAAAUCUGAAUUAUUUCAUCUCAUAGUGAAUAAAAAAGAGCCAGGGGUAUGGGAUUACUGUUACAAAACGUGCUCUCAUUGGACAAGUAGGAGUGUCUGAAGUCAGAGGGAAGCUUGUGAAGCAUGAAAAAAGAUAUAUUUGCUAGUAAUGUUUUUUCAGACUGCCUGAUGGUCUCAAGGGGAGAGGGGUCAGCAGUGGUUGCCUUAAUUUUGGAGGGUUUAGCUAUUCUUUUUAUGUUCAUUUUCUUUAAUUUUGAACACCUCUCAUCUGCAUAUUUUGUCCAGUGAUUCUUAAGCAAAGCCACUGUCAAAACAAGUUAGCGAAUGCUAAUGUGGCUCUUAAGGUUACUUUUCAGCAGGAUUGCCAUCUAGCAAGCUGACAUUUGCAGUUUGCUGUGGUUGAUUGUAGAACUGCUUUCUAUGCAAGGGUGAUUUAGUGUUAGCUUUUAUUCCUGGGAUAUCACAGCAGUGGCUUGUUUGUUCAUUUUGCUUUAGCAAAACAGAGCACCUAUUUGUGUGGGGAGGGGAGAAGGCUGCUGUAAUCUAAACAUGAAAGCCUUGAUAGCUGUUUUGUUGUCAUGUAAUCGAGAAUUACCUGAAUAGGAUUGAGUGAGAGAUGGUAGACAUCUAAGAAAUGCAAACACUGCUUCCUGAUGUGGUACAAUAGGCUGAAGCGCCCUUUCUACCAUGAAAGUAUGGCUAGAGCUAGAUCCUGUGGAUUGUCUCAUUCCUACUUUGCUGAACUUGUUUUCUUCUUCUUUUUCUUAUUUUCCCAUAUCAUUAUAAAUAAUUGUGGGGGAGAAAUUAAAACUGUUGAUGCCUCUGUUUCUCUCUAAUCCCAAAUCCUCAUUCUACUAUAAUUUAAUCCAGUUGUCUCUGCAGCAAAUGACCGUGAGAGAGGCAUGCACACGAGCGCUGCAAAGCCUGGUCCGUUUCCCACUUACCCUCGCCCCAGUACGGCGCCUCAGACUGCUGUGCUGAUGGGCUGGUGCUUACACCCCCAUUUAAUAGUAUCCAGCUUUUCCUGUGAUUUGUUCCAAAACAUUUUGUUCCAUUUGAUUUAUAUCAGUGCUGUCAACUGAGAUCUCCGUGUUGAGUGGCUGCUGCAUCUGCUUUUAUUCCAUGUCCAUCAUAUUGCUGACAAAGGUACUUGGACUUGCAGCCUGGUGGGGUUUUUCUAUCCAGAGGCCUGUGGCAGCAGUAACAUCUGUAGGACAGAUUCCAGCCUUGAGUGUUUUAGUGCCGAAUUGCAUAAACUCUGUGGCGUAAGUGGUUUACACGGAGAGAGCUCUUGCUCGGAGUGAGGUCUCUCAGCUCCUUGUCUUAGGGUUGUUUGAACUGGAGGUGAAAUAUGUUAGAUCGUUGGGUUUUAAAGUAAUUUCUUCCUCAUCCUUGUUGGCACGGUGAAAAAGGAGGAGGGAAAAAAAAGGGAACAAAAUAAAAUUGGCUGCUGAUCUCCUGUCCUUCUGCAAAGAAGUGAGAACUCUUCUUGCAGAAGGUUGGAGGGAGUUGAGGUCUUCUAUCUCAUACCCUUGUAUAUCUUGUACUUGUGCACAUAACUGCGUGGCUGUGAACUCUGACGUGUGUCUUAGUGCUAUUUGUGAACGAUAAGAUUUCGUUUUAGCUAUGUUGAUAAAACUCAUAUGAAAAUCUUGUCCUAGUCAAAAACUAUUAAAGUUGAUGUUAUAUUUCAGAACAUCAGCAGAAAUAUGUUUAUUUUAUCCUUAUGUAUUAAAUAGCCCCUUCUAGCUUUUUGCUGUCCUUAUUUAUAAAAUGCAUCUGUGAGAACAGUGUAAAGUAUAAACUCCUAGCUGCAUCUAGGGAAUGUAAUAAAAUUGUACUUG